UUGAGAGGUCUGAACUCGGGAACAAGAAAAGGAGGAGGAGGAGGAGGAGAAGAAAGGCGGCGGCGGCGGAGGAGGCGGCGGCGGCGGCGGCGAGACGCAGGGCGGCUGCUUCUCUAACGCAGGGAUCUUUGCGAAGCUGCGCCGAGAUGUCUUCUCCUUCCAAAGCUAAGGAGGUUUUCUCCUCGGACGAAGAGGGCCCGGCGGCCGGGGCCGAGGAUCACCACAAAGUCAAGGUCUCUAGUUUGCCGUUCAGUGUGGAAGCGCUUAUGUCCGACAAAAAGCCGGCCCGAGAGGCGAGCGGAAGCCUGGAAGGAGCUGGCUUGGGGACUUCUAGGAACCUGCUCUUGCCCGCUCACGUCUCCAGGGAAGCUCCCAGCCCCGGCGGGCUUACAAAAACCUUCGAGACCUCGUCGGUGAAAUCCGAAAACUCCGAGGAUGGCUCGCCCUGGAUUCCAGAGGCCGGCAGAUACUCCCCUCCCCCAAGACACCUGAGCCCCACAGCCUGUACGCUGAGGAAACACAAGACCAAUCGGAAGCCUCGAACACCUUUCACAACUUCCCAGCUGCUAGCUUUAGAGCGCAAAUUCCGUCAGAAGCAGUAUCUAUCCAUUGCUGAACGGGCUGAAUUCUCAAGCUCCCUCAAUCUUACAGAGACCCAAGUCAAAAUAUGGUUCCAGAACCGGAGGGCUAAAGCAAAAAGACUGCAGGAAGCAGAGCUGGAGAAGUUAAAAAUGGCGGCGAAGCCCAUGUUGCCGUCCGGUUUUAGCCUCCCUUUCCCUAUCAACUCGCCUCUCCAGGCCGCCUCUCUCUAUGGAACAUCAUAUCCCUUUCACAGACCUGUGCUUCCCAUCCCACCUGUAGGACUCUAUGCUACUCCUGUGGGCUACAGCAUGUAUCACUUAUCAUAAGAAGACCGGAAAGGAAUGAUGGAGUGUAUUCGGUUAAAAAGUGCUGUACAGAACUAUGACUGGUCAUUUUUCACCUACUUGUAAUGUGCCUUAUCAAAUAUAUAGGAAUUUGAACCCAGAACCUGGGGAUUCUGCAACUUGGGAACCGACCAAAUGUGAGCUCCCCAGCUAGAAUCUGAUCCUGAAUGCAAGUUUUUUUUUAAAAAAAAAAUACAGACUUAAGGAAUAUAGUUUAUUUAUAUACUGCACAGGGAAGGGGGAUUACAUUGAUAAUUAUUCCCAGGAAAAUGUAUGAUUUAAUUAUUAGCCUCCUCAAAGUUCCCAGUAAACCUGUGGAAUAUCAUUCACACACCCACACAUCUUGACAGUGAGAAACUUGCAGUCUUUUUUUAUGCUUGUUUACUCAGAAGGAAUAUAUCUCACUUUGUUCAGUAGUACUUAUUCCCAUAGUGUGGUAUAAGUGCAGGCCUGGAGGUAAAAACGCACAUGUAUUCUUUGGCUGAUUGAGGAAGCGUAAACAUAUAGAGGAGCUUUAUUUAUAAAACCAACUUCAGAAAUAAAAGCUGACUUGAGACUCGGUUGGUUUCUGCAUUUCUCUUUGGAUCCCUUCACUGCACUCCAGACAGUCCUGAAAACUGAAAUGCAAGGAACUGGAAUACUUCAGAUGCAAAAUAAUGGAUUGGAGGGGGGGGGGUGUUGUUGAUCUGAUCUGGCAAAGCAAGUUUUCUGUUCCUUUAUAAAAAAAAAUUCCUCCUGGAAUAUUUUCUGUAGAAUUGCACCCAUGAAGUGGGAUUUCCCAUUUCAAUCUUGUAAAGGAUUUCUACAGAUGCAAGAGUGUUUGUUUGGUUUUUUUGCCAAGUUUUCGUUUGCAGUUUAUUCUUGUUUGUAAGGCAGCAUUCAGAUGGGUACAGGGCUAUGGUGGAAAACCCGAAAAGCCUCUUUGUCUUGAUCCUGGUUUGCCCCCGUGUCCAUUUAAUUUUCAUUUAAACCAAGUCUGUGACAUUUGGGAACAAACAGGUUAGGAAUACGGAAAGAGGACAUAUAGUUGUGCAGAUAUGCAGAGGGAUGAGGAAACUGGAGUUGUUUUGUGUUGCAGAGUUGUUUUGUGUUUAUUGCAAUAAUCUUGUGAUUUAACCAUUAUUAGCUUGUAAAAAUGAAUUAUGCUUAAAGGAGUCUUGACACACCCACAAAACCCAGAGGAUGAAACAAAGCUAUGAGAACAAAGUAGUGCCGCCCACUUUAAUGACAGGACAACUCUCCUCUCUUUGAUUUAUUUCAGAGGAGGGCAGGGAGGAAAGAGUUCUGCUUGGCAUAUAUGGUACUAUGUAACCCAAUUGUUUUAAUUGCUUUAUUAUUAUUAUGGCCAAACCUUGUGGUAAAGUGUCGACAGAGGAGGCAGGUUGCUGAAGACCAGAUGUUUUCAAGGUGCGUGUUUAGCAUGUCCUCAAGAGUGAGAAGGAAUCUGCCCAGCUAAAGGCUACAUUGUGAAUCUUUUGUCUAUUAGUUCAGUGCUGGCCUUUUACCCACCCAUCCCUAGC